AUGGACCUUGGCGGAGUGGAGCUCUCUCCCUCCAUGGCGCACACUGAUCAAGAGACAGGAACAGUCCAGGCCUCUUCGGAGAGAUCCUACGUAUCCACCUUGCUCGAUACCUACUACACCGAAGUUGACAAGGCCAUCGCCCAAGACAUCAAGUCCAACCCUUACGGCAACAUCCAAACAGACCUCAUGCGCGAUCUACACCAUCUCGCCCUGGAUAUCAUGGGCGAAUCCUCGUUUGGCAAGGGCUUCGGCCAGAUUGACAAGAUUUUCAAUCCGAGCAAGAUGUUGUCGGGUAGGGAUAGGCGGUGGAGUAGGAUUCCCAAUGCGGUUUUUGACGGGCAGGCGAGGAGGUAUGGGUUGGUCUUUCUGAAGAGGUUUUUUAGGCGAGUGGGGUUUGAGUGGGAGGUUGAUUGGCCCGCGGAGAUGACCACUGCCAUUUGCGAACUCGUUGAUGAACGCGCUGCAGCAGAAGGAGCAGCGAAGAACGAGGAACGUAUCGAUGUCUUACAGCAUAUGUUGGAUGAGGGUGUGCGACCAGAUACAGGAGAGCGAACAAUGGGAUGCCUCUUCGUCGAACUCGCGCGAACCUUCGGCGCCCUCGGCAAGCUCCUCGCCUCCCUUCCGCCUCUUUCCCCCUCUUCUCCUAUCCUCGACUCCAAAACUGUGGGAACAGAUCCAUAA